GCUGAGCACGCCAUGUACACAUGCAUUGCUUGUUCGAGCAACUACACGAACAAGAAGGUUUGGGUGAGUAACAGCAAUCACCUCGGCCCUAAGCACCAUAAUCAGGUAAUUCACUGGUGCACCGAGCAGUACAAGAGGCAAGUCUACCAGAAAGGAUGGUUCAAGACCACGACGAUCGAAGAGAAUCCCGAAUAUCGCUGGGUGUGGAGCCCUCAGUACCAGAAGAAGAUGACAGAGGCAGCGCAAGCGUUGCUCGAGCAGCGUGGAGGUGGCAAGUUUGGUGCGACAGCAGCUGCGGCAGCGGCAGACCUGCGCGAUGGCGGGAUUGACCCGUAUACGGUGAUGGCUGCCGCAUCUGCAUCGCCAGCAGCGGCUUCCCGUGGAGAACAAGGUGUCGAUCUGCAGAAGCUCAAUGAGAAGAUCGACGCGCUGGGCGAGAAGAUGGACGCGCUGCAGAAUGCCGCCGACAAGAUGCAGACGGACCGCGAGGUGCUCUCUGCGAAAAUCGACCGCCUCGUCGAGACGAUCGGCAGCCUGCAGCAGAAUAUCGACGCGAAGCUCUCCGUCGGCGUG